UAUAACAACAAUCCUAACUACUACAACAACAAUAAUAAUAAUAAUAAUAACAACAACAGUAAUAAUAUUCCUACAACAAACUAUGGUAAUACAAAUUUUGGUAAUUACAAUGCGCGUUUUAUUAACAACAACAUUAACAAUCACAAAAAAUAUCAGCAGCCGCAACAUAACUAUUCACAGCAACAAAAACAAAAACACAACUAUGCACAACAGCAGCAGCAGCAGUGGCAAAACGAACAGCAACAGCAACUUUACUCCAAGUUACGACAGCAAGCAAAUGCUGCGCGAUAUCAUCGUGGCAACAAUAUGCUACGCAAAUGUUGCAAGCACCACUGCUCUUCUACAUACAAUAAUAACAAUAACAACAUAUUUAACAACAAUAACAACAACUACAAUGAAAGCCUGUGUGGACGUGUCUGGAACGACGUGGACCUUGUUACGCUAAACAUGUCGCUAGAGCAAUUGGAGGCUAUACAUGGCGAGCCCUUUUUCAGGGGACCAUUGUCGAAAAAGUAUGGUCCAGCUGUCUAUUGUAACAAUAAUAUGAACAACAAUGAGACUUUUUCCAGUCUUCCACAAUAUCAGAUGUAUUUAAAGACCGCGCCAGCUCAACUCCCUCAAAUGCUGGCGCCACCAGUCUGCAUUGAUCCUCAACAAUAUACUGCUAAUUUUCCACCUUUGCCGGAGCCGCCUUUGCCUCGAGUUUGUAGCACGCGCAGCGCUCGCUCCGUUAACACUAAACUAAACACUAUGUAGAAGGAUUAAUUUUUUUGUUUAUGGCAUAA